AUGAAUGUGGUAAAAGCUAGUUCCAGAGAAGCUAUCUCUCUUGUGGGUGGUGUUUGGAAGCAGAUGACUCAAGCUCGUGAGUUAGUGGAGCUGCCAGUAAGGCACCUUCCGCUUUUUAAAUCAAUUGGUGUGAAGCCAUCUAAAGGAAUUUUGAUUUAUGGACACCUGGGAUCUGGAAAAGCAUUAAUAUCAAGGGUUGUUGCUACUGAAAAUGGGGCUUUCAUUUUUUGUAUUAAUGGGCGGGGGAUAAUGUCCAAAUUGGCUGGAGAGAGUGAGAGCAAUCUUCAAAAGGCACUUGAAGAAGUUGAGAAGAACACUACAUCUAUUAUUUUCAUUGAUGAGAUUGAUUUUAUUGCUCAUAAGAGGGAGAAGACACAUGGUGAGGUUGAAAGGCAAAUUGUUUCACAACUGUUGACUCUUAUGGAUGGACAGGCUCAUGUUAUUGUUAUAAGGGCUACAAAUCAUCCGAACAACAUUGACCCAGCUUUGAGAAGGUUUGGUCGGUUCGAUAGGGAAAUAGACAUGGGUGUUUCUGAUGAAGUUGGGACUUAG